AUGUCUUUCGUCUCGAAAAUUUGUACGUAUUCCAGAGCCGCUGUGUGUGCUAACAGUAGUUGCUACUUGAGGUAUAAGGGCUUUAUUAAUAAUGUUGACUCUAGUAAAUCCGAAAAAACUUCAAAACCUCUAAAAUGCUUUGAUUUGGUCCAAAGAGACGUUUUUUGGUGCUCCCAAGCUCUUUCUCUGCAUGGAUUCGUGUAUCCUAUCGAGAUAUCCACAUGUAUUUCAGAAUACAUCUGCAAAAACAAGCGUAAUAGACUUGCUUUAAGGAAAAAAAGGAAACGAAUGGGAGAAAGAAUAAGUCUAAGGUAUAGAUAG